AUGGAUCAGCUGCCUCCCUUGACGUGGCGCUCCAACUCCAGAGGGCUGGACGUCGCAUUCCGCCUGGACAACGGCCGCUACACCGGACUGGGACGCUCCAUCGUGGAUGGCCUUCAUGUGGAUACCAUUAACCAACGCAUCCGCGUCGUUACCCACAUCGAUGGCGCCAACACAUUAGAAGGCACAUACACUCUGGCCGCCCGCAUACUCGGCAUACCUCUGGAAGGCACUGGGCUCUUCAAGGUUACUAUGAAUGGUGGCGGCGUCGACGUCACGUAUUCUGGACACCUGGAGAUCGGCGAGGGAGGGCGGCCGUACCUCAGACUGGACGCCACCCACGUCGAGCUGGUUUUAGGCGACUCUCAGUACGAACUCACUGGCCUCUUCGGGGACUACCAGCCUCUAGCGCACGCCGGUAACACGUUCAUCAACAGCGUCGCAUCGAGCAUAGUGGAACCCAACAUUACGCCGACACUGGAAAAGUGGCUGGCUGAAGUGUACCGCCAGAACGCGCAAGCCGUUUUCGACACUGUGCCCUACGAUCAGCUGUUUCCAAAGACGUCCGCUCACAGCGGCUUCUACAGGGCGGUCUUCCCGUACAGUUCUUGA